AUGCCUUUUCUUUCAGCUACUCUCUCUUCCUCUCUCUCUCUCUCUCUUUACCUUUUCUUCUAUCUCUCCUUCUCACUCUCUCCCUCUACCUCUCCUUUUAUCUCUACUUUCCAAUCUCUUUCUCUCUCUAGCUCUUCUACUAUCUCUCCUUCCCACUUUCUCUCUACCUCUCCUUUUAUCUCUCAUUACCACACUUUUUCUCUCUCUACCUCUCCUUCUAUCUCUCCUUGCCAUUCUCUUUCUGCUUCUCCUAUCUUUCCUUCUCACUCUCUCUCUCUCUCUACCUCUCCUUUUAUCUCUCCUUGCCACUCUCUUUCUGCUUCUCCUUCUAUCUCUCCUUCCCACUCUCUCUACCUCUCUUUCUAUCUCUCCUUCUCCCUCUCUCUCUCUACUUCUUCUUCUAUCUCGCCUUCCCACUCUCUCUUUACCUCUCUUUCUAUCUCUCCUUCCCACUCUCUCUCUACCUCUCCUUUUAUCUCUCCUUCUCUAAUUCUCCUUCUCUAA